UCUCAGUCUACGAAAUUUUGGGGUCCUGAAACGCCAGCUACGCAACUCGGAGUGUGAGCCGCACCAUGUCAGGGCCCACCUGACAGGAAGUACCCGGCUAGCCACUCCCAAUUGACAUUGCCCUGCGCCGCUUGACAGACCUCCCUCUAGGGAUCCCCUCCUCCUCCUCGCGCUCCCACCUCCUCCUCCCACCAUGUAUUGCCUCCAGUGGCUGCUGCCGGUGCUGCUGAUCCCCAAGCCGCUGAACCCGGCGCUGUGGUUCAACCACUCAGUGUUCAUGGGCUUCUACCUGCUCAGCUUCCUGCUGGAGCGGAAGCCCUGCACCAUCUGCGCCCUCGUCUUCCUCGCUGCCCUCUUCCUCAUCUGCUACAGCUGCUGGGGGAACUGCUUCCUGUACCACUGCCAGGACUCAGCCAUGCCCCACGCCGGCCACCAUCCCGCCAUCGGGGCCACCUAGACGGGCGGCGGUGGGAGGGGCCGGGGCUCGAUGAGCUCUGGACUGGUUUGGACAGAGGGAGGACAGGAGGCCGUCCCAGUGCGCUGCCGUGCUGUAAAAGGGUGCUUAGAUGUGGGCUGUGCUGAUGGCGGGAGGGUGGGCCUUGUGCACACGGUGGGUGGGUUCACUGGCCGAUGGUCAGGGUUUGUGUACACCUGGGGUAUUAGGGGGGUUGAGUUAAUGGACGCACCACUGCCAUGCUGUAAGAAUAUGCUGUGGGAAAGGGGUGGGUGGAGGACUGCUAAAGAGCUCGGAGGAUGGGAUGAAUCGUCAACGUGUUACGGGCUCCCGGUCGAUCCAUUAACCAGGGUUGUCGUCGUCGUCAUAGCAGCGUGGACUCUCAGCUUCCCGCUCUGAACCAGAAAAAAAAAAAGAAUUCACUGCGUUCCUUGGCAGCCGUGUUGUCUGGACACGCUCCAGAGAAGAUGUGUGAUGAGGUGGAUUUGAUUCUCUUGGGACAGUUGCUACGGUGAUUAUAUCCAGCGAACCCCCAAUCCCUCUGACCUCGAGGUAAGGGAGGUAGAGAAGUGGACAAUCAAAGAACAUUCUCUAACCCCCCUGCCCCCGAACAACAGGCGCCGCGGGAGCCCUUGGUCUCAUCCUCUUCCUGACCCUCAUCCCCCAGACCCUCUACUCUGGAGUUCUGCCGCUCCUUUUGUGCUUUAUUCACCGUUUUAAUUCACAUGCUGAUGAUUUCCAAAGGGUAAACAAACUGUGAGAAAGAGAGAGACCAUCUGCAGGAGGUCAGAGCUGUGUUGUAUUCCUCCAGUCGUCAGGCUGGAGGGCUGUACCCUGCCUCCUGUCUGUUCUGUGUUCUACUGCUCAUUAUUGGUUUUGUUUUUAAUUUAAAUAAAAGUUUCUUCCUCUCAAAAUAAAAACGAUUUUUACUUUGGUUAAAUUUGCGCUGUAGCUUAAGUUACAGGUUCCUCCCUGGGGGUAUUAGGGUUAGAAAAGUCUUAAAUUCACACCAGUUAAAUAAGAAAUCCUCAAAGUAAAGUCUACAAUUUAAUGGCAUAUUAUUCUUUGUGAUGCUGUAUGGAGAUAAAUCCUUAAACCCUUGUUCACAUAGCAUACAUUUUUAAGGUGACAUUAUACAACCAGUUGUGGGUGUGAUUAGCUGUUACAAGCCGUUUUGAAAAUCGGCCUCUUCUGACAUCACAAGUGGUUGUGUCCACCUAGAUAAUCACACUAACACCUGGUGGUAUAAUAUGUAACCAUUUUAAUAAUGUUUUUGCAGCGCUUAUGUUGUCGAGCUUUAUGUCGUGAGCGUAGUUCCACUCCUGCCAGAAUCAAACCUUAGUUGGCCUGCAGGUUCUGGCCAAAAAGGUACGAGCCUUAGGGAUGGAUGAUGCUUUGUUUGUCGGACAUUGGUAGUCAAUUGCAAUUUACAGAGUGCUUUGUUGAAAUCUGUAUAUAGCUCUUUCCAUUGUUCACACCGACAAGUAUGCUGGAGUCAUACAUAUAUAUUUUUAUUUUCUUUGCUGGACAGAGUAAAAAAAAAACGGAUUUCAUAAAUAUAUAUAUCUAUAUCAGUAUGAUAAAACACAGGUUGCUAUACAAAAGCCAGUCGGUUUUCAGAUUUUCAUAAAGAGAAAAUAAGUUUUAGGCAAGCUGAGGGUAAAUAACAGUGGAGUGAGGUCACUUCCUGCCAUGGUACACUGCUCCUGGUUGGGAACCUCUCACACCCUAAACAUUUUCUAAACAUUUUCAGAGCUUGCUUCAUUCCUUCCCUAUUAUGUUCCUUCCU